GAUCUAUGAUGGCCAGUACCUCCAGGCCCUGAACACUGACUGGCAUGCAGAUUGCUUCAGGGGCAGCACCGGAAGAAGCAGCUACUUUUGAGCUUGUCCCUGUCCCCAGAGAGCCCUGAGCCCUCACUGCCUUUAAGUAGAGACCAAAGAGCAUGGAGUGUGCCUUGGUGUGUAAGGCUGAGGGCAGAGUGACUGCCACAGCCUCCCUGCCUGCACUGGAGUCCCGGCAGAAGGCCCUUCAACUGCUUCCUGUUGUGGGCUCAGACCAAGUCGUCCGGCACCCACAUUGCUGCAUUCUCCUCCCAUGCUGGUGGCCACGCUGGCCCCACCCUCUGCAGCCUCCAAUCCUGCGUGCCUGGAGUAGGAUGGGGAAGCAGCUCGUAGGCCCACCCCUGCCCGUGCACUCCCCAUUAGGCCUCCAGAGCCACUGGAGCUGUGGGGAGCUGGGGAGCUACAAAAGGAUGCUGGCCUCGCCCCUGAGAAGAAGGCGCUGCUUUAGAGGGGCCAAGUGUUGUGAAUGCAGUGUCUCCCUCUCACACCAGUACUAUGAGAAAGAUGGGCAGCUCUUCUGCAAGAAAGACUAUUGGGCCCGCUAUGGCGAGUCUUGCCAUGGGUGCUCGGAACACAUCACCAAGGGACUGGUCAUGGUGGCUGGGGAGCUGAAAUACCACCCCGAGUGCUUCAUCUGCCUCACAUGCGGGACCUUCAUUGGUGAUGGGGACACAUACACACUGGUGGAACACUCCAAGCUAUACUGCGGGCACUGCUACUACCAGACUGUGGUGACCCCCGUCAUCGAGCAGAUCCUGCCUGACUCCCCCAGCUCUCACCUGCCCCACACAGUCACCCUAGUAUCCAUCCCAGCCUCAGCUCAUGGCAAACGUGGCCUCUCAGUCUCCAUCGACCCACCUCAUGGCCCACCAGGUUGUGGCACGGAGCACUCCCACACCGUCCGCGUCCAAGGAGUGGACCCAGGCUGCAUGAGCCCAGAUGUGAAGAAUUCCAUCCAUGUUGGAGACCGGAUCCUGGAAAUCAACGGCACACCCAUUCGGAACGUGCCCCUGGAUGAGAUUGAUCUGCUGAUCCAGGAAACCAGCCGCCUGCUCCAGCUGACUCUUGAGCACGACCCGCAUGACACACUGGGCCAUGUGGCAGGGCCUGAGCCCAGCCCCCUGGGCUCCCCAGCUCCCACUCCCAGUGGAGAGGCAGGCAGCUCUGCCCGGCAGAAACCUGUCCUGAGGAGCUACAGCAUCGACAGGUCUCCAGGUGCCAGCUCGCUGGGCUCCCCUGCAUCCCAGUGCAAGGACCUGGGACGCUCUGAGUCCCUUCGCGUGGUCUGCAGGCCACACCGCAUCUUCCGGCCAUCGGACCUCAUCCACGGAGAGGUGUUAGGCAAGGGCUGCUUCGGCCAGGCCAUCAAGGUGACACACCGGGAGACGGGUGAGGUGAUGGUGAUGAAGGAGCUGAUUCGGUUUGAUGAGGAGACACAGAGGACAUUUCUCAAGGAGGUGAAGGUCAUGCGAUGCCUUGAGCAUCCCAAUGUGCUCAAGUUCAUCGGGGUGCUCUACAAGGACAAGAGGCUCAACUUCAUCACUGAGUACAUCAAGGGGGGCACACUCCGGGGCAUCAUCAAGAGCAUGGACAGCCAGUACCCAUGGAGUCAGAGGGUGAGCUUUGCCAAGGACAUCGCUUCGGGGAUGGCCUACCUCCAUUCCAUGAACAUCAUCCACCGGGACCUCAACUCUCACAACUGCCUGGUCCGUGAGAACAAGAAUGUGGUGGUGGCUGACUUUGGGUUGGCACGGCUCAUGGUGGAUGAGAAGACUCAGUCUGAGGACCUGCGAAGCCUCAAGAAGCCAGACCGAAAAAAGCGUUACACGGUGGUAGGCAACCCCUACUGGAUGGCACCCGAGAUGAUCAAUGGCCGAAGCUAUGAUGAGAAGGUGGAUGUGUUUUCCUUUGGAAUCGUCCUGUGCGAGAUCAUUGGGCGGGUGAACGCUGACCCUGACUACCUGCCUCGCACCAUGGACUUUGGCCUCAAUGUGCGAGGCUUCCUGGACCGCUACUGCCCCCCAAACUGCCCCCCGAGCUUCUUCCCCAUUACCGUGCGUUGCUGUGAUCUGGACCCUGAGAAGAGGCCCUCCUUCGUGAAGCUGGAGCAAUGGUUGGAGACCCUCCGCAUGCACUUGGCUGGCCACCUGCCACUGGGUUCACAGCUGGAGCAGCUGGACAGGGGCUUCUGGGAGACCUACCGGCGUGGUGAAAGUGGACUGCCUGCCCACCCCGAGGUCCCUGACUGAGCCCAGCCCACCUAGCAGCCCCUGUCCCCACUGCGGAGAAUCCAGCCUGCACCAGAUUUCUCUGCAGGAGGCAGCCGGGUGUGGAGCUCUCAGCGGGCAGCGGGCACCCAGACCCCUCCCCAGCACCAGGCCCUGACUUGCCUCCUCCUACCCUGUGGUCUGUGGCCCCUGCCCUGCCUCUGCCCCCAGCCCAGAGCUGGCCUGGCUGCACACACACCAUCACCUCGCCCCGCCUUACCUCUGUCUCGGUGGGGCUGCCCCCUCUUGCUUCUCCUUGCAUGAGCUGGAGGGUCCAUGUGAGUUGUGCCCCAUCCCACACCCCAUCGCCCCAGCCAUCCUGCACACGCUCCACCUGUCUGCAGCUCCUCCAAGGCUGGAGGACAGCUUCAGACCAUGCCAUGUCACGGCUGGGUACACAGGAAGGUGUGUGUCAAGGAAGAGGCUGUGUUCACAGGAGCCAUAAGGGAAUCUGGGGCCUGUCACCCCCUACCCCCAGGGGUGUCUAGUUAGUAGCAGGUAUUGAUAACUAUCCAAACCCC